ACGCGGCGCCUGGCGGGUGCCCCGGCGGCGGAAGCGCGCCGGGGGUGAGGGCGAGUGGUGACGUUUCGCCGGUCGGCGGGGAGCGCCCGCCGCUGCCGGAGCGCGGAGCCUGCGCAGCGCCGUCAGGCCCGGCCCGGCCCGGCCCGGCCCGAUUCUUCUCUUUGAAGUUCUACCUGAAGCCGCCAAAAUGGUUCUAGCAGAUCUCGGAAGAAAAAUAACCUCAGCAUUGCGCUCACUGAGCAAUGCUACGAUCAUCAAUGAAGAGGUUUUAAAUGCUAUGUUAAAAGAAGUAUGUACAGCACUACUGGAAGCUGAUGUUAAUAUUAAACUUGUGAAGCAACUAAGAGAAAAUGUCAAGUCUGCAAUUGAUCUUGAAGAGAUGGCAUCUGGCCUUAACAAAAGGAAAAUGAUUCAGCACGCUGUCUUUAAGGAACUUGUUAAACUUGUAGAUCCUGGAGUCAAAGCAUGGACACCUACCAAAGGAAAACAGAACAUUAUCAUGUUUGUUGGCUUGCAAGGAAGCGGUAAAACAACAACCUGUUCAAAGUUAGCAUACUUCUACCAGAGGAAAGGUUGGAAGACGUGUUUAAUAUGUGCAGACACAUACAGAGCAGGCGCUUUUGACCAGUUAAAGCAGAAUGCCACAAAAGCAAGAAUUCCCUUUUAUGGGAGUUACACAGAAAUGGAUCCUGUAAUUAUUGCCUCAGAAGGAGUUGAGAAAUUUAAGAAUGAAAACUUUGAAAUAAUCAUCGUUGAUACCAGUGGACGUCACAAACAGGAAGACUCCUUGUUUGAAGAGAUGUUACAAGUUGCUAAUGCCAUUCAACCGGAUAACAUUGUUUAUGUGAUGGAUGCUUCCAUUGGCCAAGCUUGUGAAGCUCAAGCUAAAGCUUUCAAAGACAAAGUAGAUGUAGCUUCUGUUAUUGUUACUAAGCUUGAUGGACAUGCGAAAGGAGGCGGCGCUCUUAGUGCAGUUGCUGCUACAAAGAGUCCUAUUAUUUUUAUUGGAACUGGUGAACAUAUAGACGACUUUGAACCGUUCAAAACGCAGCCUUUCAUCAGCAAACUUCUUGGUAUGGGUGAUAUUGAAGGAUUGAUAGAUAAAGUAAAUGAGUUAAAGCUGGAUGAUAACGAAGCACUCAUAGAAAAGCUCAAACAUGGUCAGUUUACAUUAAGAGAUAUGUAUGAACAAUUCCAAAACAUCAUGAAAAUGGGACCAUUCAGUCAGAUCUUGGGUAUGAUCCCUGGUUUUGGAACUGACUUCAUGAGUAAAGGCAAUGAACAAGAAUCAAUGGCAAGGCUAAAGAAAUUGAUGACUAUAAUGGACAGUAUGAAUGACCAAGAACUUGACAGUACAGAUGGUGCCAAAGUAUUCAGUAAGCAGCCAGGAAGAAUCCAAAGAGUAGCAAGAGGUUCAGGUGUUUCUACCAGAGAUGUCCAGGAGCUUUUGACCCAAUACACUAAAUUUGCACAGAUGGUGAAAAAGAUGGGAGGUAUCAAAGGGCUCUUCAAAGGCGGUGAUAUGUCAAAGAAUGUAAACCCAUCUCAGCUGGCCAAGCUGAACCAACAGAUGGCAAAGAUGAUGGAUCCAAGAGUCCUUCAUCAUAUGGUGUGUGACUUCCUUGGGGAAAAGAUUGCAUCUGUUUUGGGGAUAAGCACACCAAAAUACCAAUAUGCUAUUGAUGAGUAUUACAGAAUGAAGAAAGAGGAGGAAGAGGAGGAACAAGAAAACAAGUUAUCAGAAGAAGCAGAAAGACAGCAUCAGGAGCAGCAGAACAAGGCACAAGCUGAAGCUCCUGUCCAGACAGACCAGCCUGAAUCAACAACAUGUACUUCAUUUGUGAAUUUAAACUUUGAAAAUGAGGGAGAUUGCCACUCUGUUGUGGAAAAUAAACAAGAUGUAGUCCCUGUCCCUACCUAAGUAUAAAGCUCUGUAUAAUGUAGGAAAUAGGAAGUGUCAGGUGUCACGAUCUGGCUAUAAGGAGGAAAAAUAGGAUUAUACUUAUUCAGUGUAAUACAACUUACAGCAUUCUUAUUGAUCAGGAGAGAGCUAGGUGAUGUCUCUUCAGUCUGUCUGCCUAAUAAAGGCUGAGGCAUUCUGCCAAAUUGGCACCUCAGUUAAAAUGAAAAUUGCACUACAAACAUUUGGUCUAAAAUUGAAUUUCUGUGUAAAGCAAGUAAAAAUGUCUUUCCUUUAAAUUGCUGUCUGGCACAGUGGAUUGCAGAUGCAGUGCUGUUCCUCCUUGUGAACACCUAUUUCUGAUCUGCACGUUUGCGACUUGGCUCUCUAUGAAUAGAUUAAUAGGAAUCAAUGUCCUGUAACUCACAAGUCAUUAUAAUCACUUCUGAAUUCCCCUAUUUAUUGUCACUAUUGUGUGCAUGUAUCUUUUUCUGUUACUAACACAAGAGAGGUUAGAUUUAACGUUAAUUAGAUUUAAGGGCCUAAUGGAACAUUUUCCUUUUCUUUUUUUAACUCUAAAGGAGGCUGUAAACACCCUUAAGUAUUUAUGAACUAGUACAAGCACUCUUGGGGGCUAAAAGUGCUCAGCUGUGCUGUAUAGUGCUGUAGCAAAGUACAGAAUAAGCAUCAGUGUAAGAUGCUGUCACUCCAAAUCCAAGAAUUAAUAUAGAUUCUUUACCUGCUCUGAAUUGGCCUUGGAUGUAAACUGAAGUCUUGCUAAAUUAUAAUCAAUGACUGGAUAUCGUGUAUGGUACUAGUCUCUAACUACAAAAACUUUAUUUUUAACAUAGGUUACCUGAGUGAGUGUACUUGAUUAAACAAAUAGCCUGUUUAAGGUUAACGUUUAAUUAUGAAGAAGGAAUGGGCCACUGCAGGUAUCUUUUCCCCUCUAGUGCAGAAUAUAUAUGUAACUGGAGAUUAGAAAACCAGGCUUAUGACUUCUUUUUUAUUUAACAUGAAAAGCAUUUGUUUCGAUAGUGAAACAAUACUCGUUUUUGCAGGUAGCUCCAGUUUUUAACCAGCCCCAAAUACCAUUCAAUUAAAAGAAUUUCAGUGCAGUGACUGUGAUCCUACUUCUACCUUGUAGAAGGUGAAUGGUUUGCUUUGGGACAAUCAGGUAUCAGUCUGGCAGGCAGACAACCAACCAUGUCCCAGUCGCUGUCUAUGCAGAAAGUUUGUAGAUAAAGGAUUGGAAGACCUGUACUAGUUACUGUAGGGAUUGUUGUUUUUGUCCUUGAGACUUCUAAAAAUAAACCUGAAGAGGCUUCAGAGAAAGUUUAUAUUGGGCAUCAUCACACUUGCAUGGCCUUGGUCCCACUACCAGCUAACUGAGGAGACUGCUGGAACACCACAGGCCAGGAAGCUCAGCUAUUAGUUUGCAGAACUCAGUUAUGUAUUUCAAACAGCUCUCAGCCUGAAAUAGCGUCCCAUACAACUCAAACGCUUUAGCUUCUCAUUUGCCCCUAGCAUUCCAGCACUACAGCAAACCUUCUGAGGAAGAUCCAGUCGUCUGCUCUAUUUGAUCUGUUUUGAUGCUCUGUUCUUUGCCUUUUUGAAUUGUAAUGCAGAGGGUGCUGACAGCUGUGUAAAAUCAUUCCAUAGCCCUGAACAUCUGCAAGGGAGAGUAUGGUUCAUCGUGUGGGGAAUACAGAGAAAAAGAUCGUGUUGGGAGUUCUUGUACCAUAGCAAAGAAAAAAGCAGCUCCUAGCUCAAGAGUAGGAACUGUAGAGCUGAAGGAUGCUUUGCUUUUCUGCAGAGAAAAUGUCAGUUGUAUUUUCUUUUAUCCCAACUAUCUGUUGCAUCAGAAAUGCUCUCACUGCCUUGGGGUUAAACUUCUUUGUAUAAAAAUGCUGUAUUACUCACUGUGCCUUAACUUAAUCCUUCCCGUCAGUUUUUUUGCAAACUGUAUGAAAGUGAUUACUUUCAUAAUGGUUUAAUUUUUCUGUAAAUGUAUUAAUUCAUUAUUUUAUAUUUAAUAUGAUUUUUGAACUGAAAA